AUGCUAAACUCUCUCGAUCACCGUCUCUCCGUCGAUCGCCCAACACCGCAAAGCAAACAACUGCAAGAUCUCUACAACUCACUAUCCCAUCGACAUCACAAGACAAAGCAACAAUUGUUUCAACACCGCCACGCCACAGAGCCCGACGGUAAACACCCAGUCCAGCGUGACUUCAUCGGAUUCAACUAUGUCCGACCGUAUUCCCUUGCUCUCAUAACCGCCCCAGUCGAGUCCACCGCCACCACUGUGUUAGUAUUAUUUCUCUUUUGA